AUGGAUGCUUUCAAAGAUGUGGUUAACAAUUGUGCCCUUUGUGAGGUAAAUUAUAUAAGGCCUCAUUUUACGUGGUGGAAUGGGAGGGAAGGCAAUGUAAUGGUGGAAGAACGUCUUGAUAGAGCUUUGGUUACAGAUGAUGUUUUGGAGUCUUUUCCUCAAGCAAAGGUUGUUCACUUAAUUUCUGACUCUUCAGGUCAUCAUCCAAUCUCUCUGGAGUUAGGUCUCAAUGAGAGCAAAUUUUCUUGUACUAGGAAGGGAAGGCGUAGAGUUCAUUUUGAAGAAUUUUGGGUGGAGGAGAGUUCUUGUAGUGAUGUUAUUAUUGAUGCAUGGAACUCCAGAAAUUUGGAGGAGGUCUCACUUUUACAUAAGAUUGAAUUAUGUGGACAACGGUUGGAUUGCUGGAACAAAAAUCGUUUUGGCAAUAUUCCAAGACGGCUUAAACAGGGAAGAUUCUGCCGAAAUUUCAGUAGAAGUCUCGGUCCUCUUUUUCAAGGAAGAGGAUGUUUGAAAUUAGUAAGUGGGUCCUACAUUGGUUGGAUGUCAGAAAAACCACAGGAUCCGUCUCGGAUUCCGAGAAAUUUGGGGCGAGUCCUGUCAGUAGUAGUCCGAAAUGUCAAUGGGGAAUUAAUGGGUGCCAUGGCUAAACCGGUAAUUAGUUGUCUUUCCCCCUUGUAA